AUGGAAUUUGGACAUCUGGCCAAGUAUAAGAAUAUAAUACUAAGAGAACGCGACCGGUUAGCGGGAGAAGUUGUGGACUUAGAAAAACGAUUAGCCACAAAUCGAUAUUACUCGGAAAACUUGGAAUACAUCAUUCGAAACAAUGAAGAUGCUAUGAGCAAAAUGGCUUCUCGAGCUAAAUUUGCUGAAGGAGAACGCCUAAACGUAGAAUCUAAGUUAAGAGCUUUAAUGAAGACCAUGGAAGAACAAAAAGAAGCACAUGGAAAGACUAUGAUGAAACUGGAUAUUGCGAAUAGAGAAUUAUCAGAAACGACACGUAAACUCAGUCAAAAAAUUUCGGACUAUGACAGACAGAGGGUCCACCUAGAUAAAUAUAGAAGUGAAGUUAACGCAUUAAAUAAGGCAAUGCACAAAAAUGAAGAUGACAUAGCCGACCUAACUAAAAAUCAAAAAAAUAACGAGGAAAUGAUAAAGCAGUUAAGGCUUAUUGAAAAAGAAAAAUCAAAUGCCGUUUCUCAAUUAACCAGCAGGCUUAAAAAAUCUAUUGAAGAUCAAAAUAAUGCGACAACAAGAAUGUACAAACUAAAUAGAAAAGUCAUGAUGUUAAAUAGUGAAAUAUUAAGGCUUAAAAACAACAUUAAUUCUCUGGAGAAGGAUGUCUUGAAUGCAAAUGGCCGAACGGAUGAUAUUCGUCGUAUCAAAGAGACAUUGCAACGUGAACGUGAUAGCCUUAGAAGUGAUAUUAUAAAAUUAAAUAACACAAUGGCGGACUUAAAACAUGAUAUGAUGUUAAAGGCAAAUAUGAUAAGUUCCUUAAACCUCGAUAUGAACAAACUAAAUGUAAAACUAGAUGAAGCUUACAUUCUUAAGUCCAAAGCAGAGAAAGAGAGAGAUGAAAUGGCGCAAGAAAUGGAAACUCUUCAUGAACGCAUUGAAAACUAUCAAG